AUGGGAAGCCUUAGCGGUGGGGCCAGCCCGCAAACGGUGGCUCUGCAGGUGACCGCAGCCUCCACCCUUCCCAAGGGGCCAAAACUUCUGAGCGGCACAGUCGGAGGCUCGCUGUCCGUGAAGUGCCGCUACGAUCCCCAGGGGCACUACGAGAAGAAGUAUUUGUGCAGGUGGAAGGAAGCGAGCUGCUCGCUGCUCGUGGACGCGGACGGCUUUGUGCACCCGUCCUAUGAAGGACGAAUACGGAUAGCCGGCAGCGACCGGGAAAAGGGGACUUACACGGUGGUGAUGAGCCGCCUGAGAGAGGAGGACGCAGGCUGGUACUGGUGCGGGGCUAAAAACGGGCACGCAGAGCACACGUCCUCUGUGAAGCUGCGCAUCCAGAAGG